AUGUUUAUGGGUAAGUGUUGUGCUAUUGGUAGGGCUUUUUGGUCGUUUUGGUGCUGUUUUUUCGUUAUGUUGGUUCGCAGCUUGCGCCCACGCUCCUGCAGGCUGCAGAAGCUAAUUUUUCCUAAAAUUGGUGCCUUUUCCUUUUGUUUGUUUCAAGUUUUGGUCGGUUUUUUGUGAACUUCUUUCCGCGGUGUACUAUCCCUCAAUAUGCUUCAAAUUUCCAUUCAGUAUACGGUAUAUUACACUACUUACUGUAUCAGGCUAUAUCGUUACUGUACAGCCGACUAUUUACUUCUCAGCACCGCAUUUGUUCACAAACCGACGAAAAUUUGAACGAGGCAAAGGUAAUUGUGACUAAAAUUGGGGAAAUAAGCGGAUUUUAUGGAUUGAAGGUUUUCGUGGUGGGACCAAAGUUGGUUGUCAUAAAAUUGAAUUUUUUUUAAAUGGUUUUGAAGUUUGAACUUUUAUGGGUUAAAAGUGGCAAAUUGCGAUUAUUUAUGACUUUUUAAAAGCUUUCGUGGUGGGACCAACUAGGAUUAUUUGAAAAUUCUAAAUUUUGAAAAAUUGAUAGGUCUUACAACGAAAACUUUUAAAAAAGAAAUGGUUUUUUGUACCAUUUUAAGGCUAUAUAAGGCCAAAUUUAUAAAAUUUUAGGUUUUUUGAAAAUAAAAUUCGGUCUCACCACGAAAGCCUGAAAAAUAAAAAAAUUGUAAAAAUACUGCCAAACUUUAAUGCCCUAAUACCCAUUCAGCUUUUAAAAAUCCAUAUUUUAGCCGCAGUCCAAGCCGAAGUGCUAGCGAAUUUCAAAAUCGACCAAAUCCCUGAGGCAUUGUACGCCUGUGACAACAUAACAGCACCACACAACCAUUUCAUCUACUGUUCCGGCCGCAUACUUCAAGCCGUUCAAUCACACGGCCUAUACCAUGAUUCCAAGACAUUUGUGGACAAACCCCUCAAGUACGAGCCUAAGGUCGUGCUUCAGAAUUUUAAUGCACUGUUCCCAACGGACGACGCGAUUACUCGAGAAAAGUUGCAAAAUUUUGUCGACGAUCACUUUGAUGCCACUUGUAUUGAGCUCCAAGAGUAAGUUAUUGGGGCUUUGAUGUUGUAUUUGAUGUUUGGAAACAAAGUUUUAGCAUUUUUGUAAGGAAAAGGACCUUUUUUGUUUGUUUUUUCGAUCGCGUCAAAAAGAAUUGGAAAAUUUACAUUAGUUUUGCUAUGUAAAUCACCCAAUUCUUUAUGACGCGGCGAGAAAAUGAGGAAGGAUGGCUAAAAAUGUCAUUUUUGAUGGACUUUCUAUAAAUUUUGAUAAUUUCAGGUGUAAUCUAAAGGAUUGGGACCCAGAACCAGCACUUCUGGACAAAAUCUCAAAUCCAGGCUACCGAGAAUGGGCUCUGAAGCUGAAUGGAAUCUGGCGCCAGCUGUGCCGUGAAAUGACUCCAGAAGUUGAAACCCAAGAACCCAGAUACUCGCUGAUCUACGUACCGAACUCAUUCGUCGUACCGGGUGGUAGAUUUCGCGAAUUUUACUAUUGGGACACCUACUGGACUAUCAAGGGACUUCUAGCCUCAGGUAUGAUGGUCUACUAUAAUAUGUUUGAAAAAUGCAAAAAAUCUAUGAAGUUUAAGAUGAAAUUAAUUAUAACUGUGUCAAAAUGAUAUUUUCUAGGCAUGUACACAACCGUCGAACACAUGCUAAUCAACUUUGUCACCAUCAUCGACCGAUACGGCAUGAUCCCAAAUGGCGGCCGAGUCUAUUAUCUACGUCGUUCUCAACCACCACUCCUCACGGGAAUGUUUUACGAGUACUACAAGGUCACAAAGAACAUGGCUUUCAUGAGAAAGUACAUGUAUGCAUGUGAAAAGGUACGAUUUUAGCGAAUUUUAUAUUAUCCAAGGGGCUUGUUGAAAGGAGCUUGGGAAAUUUGAUGUUAUCCUUGAUUUUUGAUGAAAGUUGGGGUGAAAAUUUAUGUUAUUAGCUAAAGAAGAAGCAGGAGUAAUUUUUAAAAAAUGAAAUUUGUCUGUUUGCUUGAUGAACAGUCAAGAGAAGUUUUUUUUAAAUAUUAUCCAUGAGGCUUUUUGAAAGAAGAUUGGGAAAUUUAGAUUUUAUCCUUGAGUUUUGACGAAAGUUAAGCUGGAAAUUGAUCUUAGUACCUAAAGAACAAACUCGCACAGCUUGUAAAACCAACAUUUUGUUCCUUUGCUCCAAGGAAAAUGAGAAACGUUGAGAUGUUAUGUUAUCCAUGACCUCCUUUCGAUAGGAGUUCGCGAAACUUGAGAUUUCUUCCGAGUUUUGAGGAAAACCUAACAGUAAAUUGACAUUAACACCUAAAGAAUAAACAAACACAAAUUUUAUAUUUACAUUACUUUCAUUUCAGGAGCAAUUGUUUUGGGAAAAACACAGAAAACUGGAAGUUAAGUUGGAAUCUGGCGAAUCUCACCAAGUCUUCCAAUACCGUGCCGAUUCAACUGCUCCACGCCCAGAAUCCUUUGGAGAAGAUGCCAAUCUAACCAUUCAGCUCACCUCGAACAAAGACAAGACUCAAACAUGGAGAGAUUUGGCAUCGGCGGCCGAAUCCGGCUGGGAUUUCAGCAGCAGAUGGUUCGCAGGAGACGAAUUGUCUACUAUCGAGACGACCAACGUCUUACCCGUAGAUUUGAACGCGUAUAUUUGUUGGAACUACAAGAUUUUGGCUGAAUAUCAUGCGAAGACUGGUAAGUUUGAAGGUUUUGGCGAGAUUUUUGAACUUUAGUCAAAUCCGAUAUUUUCUGUGACAUUUCGUUAUAUUUUUCAAUAAAUUGUGGCUUUUUGUUCAAAAAUCAACGGAAUUGUUUAGAAAACCAAACAUACGCUCAGAAGUACAAGGAACAAUACGAAAAACAACGUGAUCUGGUUCAGAAAAUCUUCUUUGUUGAUAAUGGAGAACAAGCAGGAUGGUUCGACUACAAUAUCAGGUCCAAAGCUCAUAACUUGAACUUUUAUCCAAGCUCUGUCACUCCAAUGUAUACCAAGUGUGUGGAGGGCCUAGAAGAAAGUGUGGAAAAUAAGAUUCACGAGAGUAUGAAGAAAAGCGGCGUGUUUGACUUUGACGGCGGAAUUUCAACGAGGUAAGGAUGUUGUUGUAGAUGAAGUUGACUAUUUUUAUAAUAGUUUAUUUUAUGUUAAAUCAACUAAUUAUGUUAAUAUGGACCGAUUUCAGCACAAAGAAAGAUACCAACCAACAAUGGGACUUCCCCAACGGUUGGGCGCCGUUAAACCACAUGGUUAUUGUGGCAAUGUAUCAGGCAACGAGCCCGGUUCUGAAGAAGACAGGAGUUACCUUGGCGAAGAAAUGGCUUCACAAUAAUUACCACACCUUCAAUAAGACCGGAGUAAUGUGGGAGAAGUAUGAUGUAACGAGGAAAGAGGGAGCCGGCGAAGGUGGAGAAUAUGAAGUUCAGGUAUGCAUGUUGUUAUUGGUUUUUGAUUUUUAGGUAUGAAGAUGAAGUUAAACGGGGUGAAAGAUGGUUUUGAAAAUUGAAGAAGAGUUUGUUUAAGGUGAUACUUUAGGAUUUGGAUGUUUGGGGAUAAAAGUUUCAGCAUAAGAAGCAGAUUUUAUAUUAUCAUAGAUCACAAAAGGUUGAUAAUCGGUUUUUAUGUUUUAGGUAUGAAACUGAGAUUGAAAGUGGGUAGAAUAUUACUUAAUAUCUUGUGAAAAAUGUGGUUGAGCUGUUAUGAUAGGUUUUGCUUAUUAAAAGUUGAGUUAUUUAGGGUGAGGAUGAAAUUUAUAUUAUCAUAGAUGAAUAAAAACCUUGUUUUUGUUUUUGACAGUUUGGGUAUAAAAUCGGGCUUGUAAGUGAGUGGAAUUUAUUUUGAAAGCUUGAGAAGAUUGUUAUUAGGGUUUUAUGAUAAGUUUUCACAUUUUGAAUCGACCUGGUUAUGAGUAGUGAUCAAAAUUGAUAUUAUCAUAGAUCAGAUGUUACUGUUCGAAAUUUAGCCUUUUUCAUGGCUUUAAAGUCUGAUUUUAAAUUUAAAAAAUUUUUUUUGUAUUUUUAUGUGUAUGUGUAUAUUAUGGCCUUUUAGUAAAGUUUGGCUAAUUUCUAUAUUGUUUUAGGCAGGAUUUGGCUGGUCGAAUGGAGUAGCACUGGAUCUGAUGACAAUGGUUGGAGAUCAAUUAUUCGAGGAUAAAGGAGGAGACAAAGUACCAUACCAACCACAAGGAGAACCAUCCACUGAGGCCGUUACUGGGACUGUCGCAGAGACAGUCGCAGAGACCGUCGCUGAGACCGUAGCUGAGACCGUCGCUGAGGAUGUCACGGAGACCGUCGCUGAGACGGGCACGGAGAACUUCAUUACAGUCCAGGAUGCGAGUGCUAAAUUGGCAUUGAAUAUGAUGGUCAGCAGCGUGCUAUUGUUCUUGGUACUGUAA